AGGAAAUUAAAAAAAAAGAGAGAAUUUAAGAUGAGUUUGGGAAUACCAAACGCCUCCAUUCGGUUUAUAAAGGCAGCACAACAGACAAAUUUAGACUGCAACAAUGGGUGAUAAACUUAAGCCAAAAGCGGUUGUUUCCGACGAGAGCAGUGAUGAAGAGGCAAAAGAGGAUGAAAAUGAGCUCGAUCUUCCCUUGGAUAAAUUGAAUUUGGGUCCUAGAAAAAAGCUCCUUGUCCUUUGUCUCGGCGAUUUACUCGUCCGUAGGGUGCACCUUAGAGAUAAGCACACCGUUCGUGGGUUCAGACCGGACGUCAUUCACGGGAAAUUUCUAGUGUUCAGGAGGCCAUUUUGCACGGACUUCAUGAAAUUUUGCUUUGACCAGUUCGUGGUCGGGUUGUGGUCUUCUGCAAGAGACCAUAAUAUUGAUGCUGUUUUGAGAUGCAUCACUGGUUAUGAAAACAGAAACAAGUUGGCUUUUGUUUGGUCACAAGAGGAAUGCAGAGAUUCUGGAGAUUAUUGUCUGGAAAAGAAGGAAAAGCCUCUGUUUCUUAAGAAUUUGGAAGAUCUUUGGGAGAAGAAAUAUGGCUAUCAUGCUGAUCUUCCAUGGAAAAAGGGAGAAUAUUCAGCUUCAAAUACUCUGUUAAUUGAUACUGAACCGCAUGUGGCUCUGCUGAACCCAGAUAAUACUGCUAUAUUUCCGAAACCAUUCAAAACCCCAGAUCCUGGAGACACAUUCUUAGGGUCAAAUGGUGAGCUGCGGAAGUUUUUGGAGGGUGUGACAGAUGAAGAGGACGUUCCUACUUAUGUGAAGAAGCAUCGCAUUGGGCAGCCUCCGAUUACGCCUUCCCAUCCUGACUGGUCCUUCUAUCAGAAAAUCGUUCACCGCUUUCGCAAAAAGUAAAUAAAAUUUGCUGGAGAAAAAAUGCUAUUGUUCACUUAAUCUCUGUUCUCAAAGACAAAAUUUGCUCUCAUUACCUGACUAUUAAUAAGAAGUUGAUGGCUCUAUUAUUAUUGUUA